AUGGCGACGCAGGAGAGCGAAGCAACUAAAGCCACCGUGAGCAACGGCGAGGUGAACAGCAAUGGGACUGCUGCAACGACAGAUGGCCAGGCUGUGCAGACAGCUGGAAACGCACAAGACGCUCAGCAGCAGCAGCAGCAGCAGCAACAACAAGCACCUAAUGCAUGGCAGGUCAUCAAAGGAGUGCUCUUCAGAAUCUUUAUAAUCUGGGCGAUCAGCAGCUGGUUCCGCCGAGGGCCGUCCACCCCUGACCCCAACACGCCAGCCGGCGCUCCCCGGGUGCCCAGCAGGAACCUCUUCACCAAAGACACACUCAUGGAUCUCUACGUGUACGUGUCCCAGGAGGAGGUGUUCUCCGACUUCAACAACACAGACGCCCUGUUCUGGUUCCACAGAGACCUCGUCUAUGGAGACUGGACCACGGGGGAGGAUGGUGAUGGAUGCUAUCAGCAUUAUAAGGAGAUGGACAUCCCAGAGAAAGUACAGCAGAAUGGCUCUCUCUACAUACAUGUCUACUUCACCAAAAGUGGGUUUCACCCAGACCCUAAACGCAAGGGACAGUACCGCAGACUGGCCACAGUUCACGCUACAAGAAUGCUGAAUAAAUUCAAGAGAAGAAAGUUUCUAAAGACCAAGAAUCUGCUCACAGGAGAGACAGAAGCAGAUCCUGAGAUGAUCAAGCGGGCAGAGAGUCACGGUCCAGUGGAGAUCAUCUCACACUGGCACCCCAACCUCACCAUCAACAUGGUGGAUGAUCACACAGCCUGGGUCAAGGGCUCAGUUCCUCCUCCUCUCGACCAGCACGUGAAGUUUGAUGCUGUGAGUGGAGAUUACUAUCCUAUCGUGUACUUCAACGACUACUGGAACCUUCAGAAGGACUACUAUCCAAUCAACGAGACCUUGACCAAGCUCCCGCUGCGUCUCGCCUACUGCCCGCUGUCGCUGUGGCGCUGGCAGCUUUACGCCGCCCAGAACGCCCGCUCGCCGUGGAACUUCCUUCCCGAGGACACUUACGAGCAGUCGGACGAAGACCAGGACUCUGUCAAGGUGGCCCUCCUGGAAACAAACCCCUACCUGCUGGGACUCACCAUUGUUGUUUCAAUUGUGCACAGCAUCUUUGAGUUCCUUGCCUUCAAGAAUGACAUUCAGUUUUGGAACAGCAGACAGUCUCUGGAAGGGCUGUCCGUGCGCUCCAUCAUAUUUGGAGUGUUUCAGUCUCUGGUGGUCCUGCUCUACAUCCUGGACAAUGAAACCAACUUCGUGGUGCAGGUCAGCGUCUUCAUCGGUCUUCUCAUCGACCUGUGGAAAAUCACCAAGGUCAUGGAUGUCAGAUUGGACAGAGAGAACAAAAUCGCAGGCGUCGUUCCGAGAUUGGUCUUCACAGACAAGUCCACAUACGUCGAGUCUUCGACCAAAAUCUACGACGACAUGGCCUUCAAGUACCUGUCGUGGCUGCUCUACCCCCUGUUCGGCUGCUAUGCCGUCUACAGCUUAUUGUACGUAGAGCACAAAGGCUGGUACUCAUGGGUACUCAGCAUGCUCUAUGGCUUCUUGUUAACCUUUGGUUUCAUCACAAUGACGCCGCAGCUAUUCAUCAACUACAAAAUGAAAUCUGUUGCCCACCUCCCGUGGAGGAUGCUCACCUACAAGGCCCUCAAUACUUUCAUUGACGACCUGUUUGCCUUCGUCAUCAAGAUGCCCAUGAUGUACAGGAUAGGAUGCCUCAGAGAUGACGUGGUGUUCUUCAUCUACCUGUACCAGCGCUGGAUCUACCGAGUGGAUCCCAACCGGGUCAAUGAGUUUGGGACCAGCGGGGUGGACCACGCUCAGAACAACACGGCAGACGCCGCUCCUGCAGCCGACGCCGCCUCCACCUCCGCCGCCAUCACAGACAAACCAGAGGGGGAGAAGAAAAACGAUUGAACGAGACCGCCCGCUUAUCUUCCUCCCCGGACCCUCACCGCAGGGGUGACCAGGACUUGUGGAAAUUAGGCAGGGAGGGGGGAGUCGUCGUUUAAUAGCUGUUAUGGACUCCGCAACUCACAACAACAAAAAGAAAAAAAAUUUAAAAAAGCAGUUCAACUGUUCUGAUUUCUGUGUGGACACAGAAAGUCGUAACCAGUGUAGACUUGGUAAAUUCUCUCUUCUGUUCCCCGCCCGUCCCUGCCCUCUCGUUUUGCAGUUCAAGUGAAGUAAAACAAAACGUGAUGUACUGUAUUCUGUAAGAUUUUUUUCAGAGGGUUACCAUGUCUUGGAGUAGAUGUUGGGAUGGGAACAGAUCUCAGUUCAACUACUUUUUUUUUUUUUUUUUUUGGUUUUUCAUAUAAACAGGGAAGGAAGAGGCCAAGCGCAACUUUUGAUCUUUGUGUAGAUUCCUUGUGAAUUUUUUUCUUUUCAUUCCAUGUAAGCGUCGUGUUUGGGGUUCCCUGAAAACUGGAAAGACACUGAGCCACACUGGAGGUGGUAGACGGGCCGGUGGCGACUGGAAGUGAGGGAGGUGACCCUGCAGGAUGCUACUACCUACAAGACGAUGACUACUACCCUCAAUUUUAAACAAAUGGUUAAUGUUCUAAACUCGAACAAAAAAAAAAAAAA